UUCUUGAUUCCCAAGCUUAGUUUCCACAUCAACAAGAAAACUAUAAAUACGGUUUCAAUAUGUCGUUCCAGAGAAUUCCCCUGUUCUUCAUUCCAGUUUAAGUUCUUCAGCUUGCUUUUCAGAUUACAAUUGGAAUUCAAUUUUGAUUCUUCGAUUUCCGUUCUUCCCUUCGAAGAACAGCUCCGGAUCCAGCCGUCAUAAUGCAGCAACAACUCCAGGAGUCCAUGUCAUUAUUGCCCGCCAUGGAAAGCCGUUCGAGUUUGUGCUCGGAUCCUGAGCAGGAAGUUGUUUCCGAUUGCGAGAGCGUGGUUUCGGAUACUUCGACGACGUUUCAUGAGGAGAUGAAGGAUUUCGACACGGAGCUGAUCAGAGUCGGCGAAGACGAAAGGAUUCAUCAUCUGAUCAGGCAGAAGCUUCUGGCAGGUGGCCUGGGAGAUCAUAAUACUUCAAUCGAGGCUGUUCGUAGGAAUGCUUUUCCGAGCUCGACUAAGAAGGCGAAGCUUCAGGCGUUUGAGAUUUUCGCCAAAGCCGCUGAGGAAUCCGGCGGCGACGGGAAUGCUAAUGUCCGGUAUGCUUGGUUCGGAGCUUCCGUCGAACAUAUCAACACCAUUCUCUCACACGGGUUUCUUCCUUCUAUGAUUAAGAACGGAGACCACGGCUAUGGUAUCUACCUCUCACCCGAUCAGUUUCCUCUCGGAAGCGUGAAAUCAGCGGUGGCCGAUGAGAACGGAGUACGGCAUAUAUUGCUUUGCCGGGUGAUACUGGGGAAGACGGAGGAGGUGCCUCGUGGCUCCCGGCAAUGGUAUCCCACCACCCAAGAAUUUGUUUCUGGGGUCGAUGACUCUGCUUCUCCCACCAACUACAUCGUGUGGAGCACUCACAUGAAUACUCAUAUCUUGCCCCUGUACCUUAUCAGUUUCAGAGUUUCCUCCUCCUCCUCUGGAGAAAGAAGAACAGAUGCGGCGGAGUUCCCAUUUAGAAAGCCAAGUUCGCCGUGGAUUUCUUUUCCUGCUCUGCUUUCUGCACUGGCAAAAUAUUUGCCUCCUCACACCAUGAGAUUGAUUUCAGAGCAGCACAAGAAUUAUAGAGAAAGGAAAAUCUCAAGGCACGAAAUGAUUCAAAGAAUGAGGAGGCUGGCCGGAGAUGAAAGGCUUGCAGCAAUCAUAAAAGCCCAUCGGCCGAAUAAGUCCCAUUCUGAGACAACAAUGUUUAGUUGUAUCCCUAGUAGAUUUCAGAAGACCAAAAGCAAAGAGUAGUGAAUGUUGAUAAGAAGAAUAUAUUCAGAAGACUGCACACUAUGUUUUUUUUCUCAUAUAGUUUUUCAUCCAGACCAGACGCUCUUAGUUUUGUUACCUUUUCACCUUCAUCAUAUACGAAGUACAUAUGUUAUACAGAUAUAUACUUUUGUAGUGGUAUCCCUGAUCUUCCAUUUUGAAUGAAGAAACCAAAUGACAAAGACUUCAUGUUAAUUGCAAUAGUUG